GGCCCCGUUGGAGUCCCCCAAGGUGGCCGACGUCCCGUUUGCCACCGCGUCGUCCGCCAGCACCACGACCUGCAGUCGAAGCAAUAGCACCUCGUCCGCCGCAGCCUCGCCUCCGUUGACGUCCUCGGCGACGUCCGCGGUGGACUCGAUGGCAGCGAUGAACUCGUUUAUCCAGGAGCUGCGCAACCUGAACAACUCCGCCAGCAGCAGUGCUAUGAGCAACAGUAGCUUCGAUUCCGGCUUUUCCGCUUCGUUCACUGGGGACUCCAACGGCGGUAGUGGCCGGGCCACUGCCAUUCCAGCGCAACCUCAUCAGGCGCAGUCAUCGAGUAUCAUCUGGGGCAACAAGUCGCUCUGGGGCGUUCCGCCUCCGAGCCCUUCGCCAGGAGCGAUCAAGUCACCGACAGCGGAUCCAGCAUCCAAUUGUACUAACACUAGCAGUAACAACAGUAUGUACGUCACUAGCAAAGAUUCCUCUAAUACUUCUUCCGGCGGUUCCAUAUGGGCCUCGGCAAUGACGGCUAACCCGUCAACGGUUCCCCCAUCCCAGUCCCGAUCCUCGAACUUCUCCGCCAAUAUUUGGGAAAAUUCAGGUACGAAAGCAAACCCGGAACCGCUCGGCUCGAUCUGGAUGAUUCCGGAGGCCGGCCGCGGUAACGGGGUAUGGGGUGCCAGUUCUCAGUUGCUGCGACCCACCGAGAUAGGCUCCGGAUCCGGGGCCGGUGAAAGCAAACUGAGCUCAUUGUGGGGCACUUCCGGGGCGCCGUCUUGUUCGGCGUCUUCGACUGCGUCCUCAGGGAAUGUAUUGAAAUCGCUCCGGCUGGCAGGUACGGUUGGCGCCGGAGGUGCUGGUGGGGGCGCUAGCUUCGGCGGACUCGGUGGGCUGAUUACUAGUCCUCCGGUGUCUGGGAACGCGACGGCCAUGCCAGCGGCCUCCACAUCAACCAUGCAGCUAUUUUCGGACGACUUUCUCAGUUAUCUCAAUAUCAACAAUUAGAGCAAUUUUACAACCUGUUAUUUAGUUCGAUUGCGUUUUAUUAUUAUAAUUAUUAUUUUUAUUUGUCUGACGAUGUUUAGUUUGGAAUUUAUUAUUUUUUGCUGUUUGUUUUAUGGAUAUAUAUUUUUUCGGUUAUUCGUUUACACAUGCAAUGUACAAUGCAUUAUAAGAGAAAAGUGUUUUCAUUUUUGAACCAUUAUUGAAUCGUGUUGUAUAGAUGUUUUUUUUCUUUCGGAGUAAACUAACGAAAUAAACGGAAAAGUCCAUUAUCACACUAAUUGUACUAUCUAAAAGAAACCCUAAACCGAGCAAGGAGUGUGACAAGCGCGUUUUAUCUCAUUUUUUCUAAUAGUAAGUAAAUGAAAAUGAUAAAAUUAAAAACUCGAAAGCUAAACCAAGAAACGGAAAGUAAAGCAAACGUUCAGUUCUGUCGUGUAAUCUCGUGUUUAAGCUUAAAACGAACCUCAAAAGUCUAGCAUACUUCGAGGUUAGGAAUUGCGUAUUGACAAAUGCAUUACAAUCAGUUACUUCCCGUUAUCGACGUUAUGGUAAACAAAGGCAAACACUUUAGGGAAUGGAUGAAUGUUUUCCAGUUUUUUUUUUUCGUCUCUGGCGAUGAGCGUCAACAUACAAGAGUUAAAUCAGGUAUUUCUUCUAGGCUUAAGGUAUUAUACACAGUGAAACAGAAAUAAUCCUUUAGAAGUUUAUACAUAUAUAGACGUACGCAUAAAACAUACAACAUGUGAGAGGAAGCGAAACAUAAACCCUGUACAUAUAGGCUCAGAUGCAAAAGUGAACGAUUAGCAAGCAAUAUUUAUGAGUGCGAUGAUGGUCGAACAUGGUUGCUUGGGAGAGAAAGGGAGCGAGAGCGAGAGCGAGUGAUCAAAAAAGUUCCAUGUGUUUUGGAGUCUCAAUGAUCGAGUAAGAGGAGCGCCAAUAGAAAUAAAGUUUUGCAGCCAUGUGAGAUUGGGGAUCCUCAGAACAACUGAACAACUGAUCUAGGCGUUUAGAGUUAAGAAAAACAAGCGACAUGUGAUUCAAAUCGUGGAUAUAAGGUGUAAAAACAACUCAAUAUUCGACUGCAACUGGUAUGCAUAUGAACAAAAAAGCAACAUUUUAAAUAGUUCCCGGAGUUUCUAAAGCUCGCGCUGUAUUCUUUUAUCUGCUUGACGUUAGAGUUUAGAGAGUACCGGAUAGAAGGAAUCUUACUAGGAAGUAAGAGGGAAGUAUUUUUCAAACAAAAAUUCUUUUGGGUAACAUAUUGUUUACAUUCGAACGAAAGAAGCUAGGAAGGGAGCAGUGAAGUGCUAACGAAAACGUUUUAAUAAUACGCAAGUAAGCAAACUUUUGGAUGAAAUUUUAACUUUUUGUUGGAAAAGAAUACGACAGCAGGAAAUUUUUUGCACAAAAUCGAUAUUUACAUUUUACUCUGAAUCCAAUCACAUACAUUCGAAAAAAGUGCACAUUCAUAGGUGAUAUCAGAUAGGUUUAUCAAAAUUUUGGACCUUGGAAUGGCCAGGUGAGUAGAUAUUCAGAAAAGCUCGUGAAAAAUCGAAAAAAAAAACAGAGCACAUCCCUUCGUGGCCCUCCCAAGGAUCCCUUAUGCUCGGAAAAAUGCCAAAAAAAAAGAAUGUUAACUAACUAUCCCAACCAGGAAAAAGGACUGAAAUGAUUGCAAAUCAACUUAAGGCUUAAGCGAGGCGUACCCAUUCAUAUUUCCCCUAAAAAGAAUCCUUCCCAACCCUUUUGUCGAACACCUCCCGCACAUUCUAACACUUCAAAGUCACAAUUUAACCCACAAGCUAAGUUUUAAAGGUAAGUCAAAAUUAAAAAUAACGCGUUGAAAACGAGAAGUAAACAAGCAACUGGUGAUAUUUUCCCCUCUCAAACGUCAAGUUGUGCGGCUGUUUUUGUUCGCACACUGACGUUCCAAACAACUGGUGUUAGACUAUACGACGCGCAUAGUGCGGAAUCUGAUUUCUCGCUUUACACGGUAGACUGUAAGAUAGACAUCAAUUUGCGAAAUGUUUCUCAAUCAACGCCCAAUUGGAAUGACACGGAAAAGAGGAAAACCCGUCCAGUCGUGCACCCGUGCACCGGCUGACGGCAGGCAGAGGCUUUAUUUUGAAAGUUCUUUUGAAAUCGAAAGUUGUAAUUAAUGUACGCUAGCAACGCGCUAAAUGGUAGGUUAUAAGAUUCCUUUCACAUCAUCCCUCACCACCAUAAACGCAUCGUCACCCAUCAUCAUCCUAACAACGAGUUGAACGAAGGAGACAGAGAAAGAACCAGAAGAAGCAGGACGAUCUGCUUUGACAGCAGCCAACAGGGGGUAGAAAUGCCGAUUUUUCACUCAGAGAGAUACACAGAGAAUUCGUUUUCCGAGCAUCAAUUGGAAGUCGAGAUAUCGUUCGGUUCAGUUUUUCAGAAAAUUAGCAAGCAGAACAAGCAUAACAUAGAUCAUAGCAGCCAGUCAAAUUUUUGCAUGAAUGGGAGACAGAGAGAUAGAGAGGGAGUGAGUGCGUGUUAGAUCAAGUUUGCAUUUGUAUCAAAGUAAGAGCUAAGAAAAAUCUAGUGCUAGCUUGUAAGGCCAAAAGGUAAACAGUGAAAUACUUGAAAAUAUAAUUACCAGAAACACACACUAAGUCUUGGUUGUUAAACAAGGAAUAGGAAAAAGAUCGGUAGACUCCCGAAUGAGUUUACCUGUACUUGUGGAGAGAAGAGAAAAGGCAUGAGUCCUGCAGAAAAGAGCAUAUAAAACAUAUGUUAAGUAAUCUAAAUGAAAUAAGCCACUUUAAGAACGUAGAUUUUAGUAGCACACCCAGAACACAAUGUUGACAUAUCCUUGUUUCUACUAAAAUAAAAGAAAUACUAGAUGUGAGUGUCCUAUGUAGAAGUAGUUUGUAAACACUCUAUGCGUGGAUUCAGCUAUUGGCAGUGGCACUCUUCUGGCGUAAUGGGUUGUCGAGUUAUUAUGUUAUUUUUUAUGUUUAACCAAAUUUUAUCGUGCCAGACACUCCCUUAACCAAUGGAGACUGUCACCAGUUUAAGAUUAAAAACAAAAUAAAAUUCUCAGAUCAUCUGAUGAAGUCACGUACAAAUGGACAGACCACGUUGAGAAGAGUGUUCUUCCGAUAACGAUCCACCUCGUAGCAUAGCAACACUUUUUCCCUUUGAAUUUAAGCCAAGUUUGAUGCACACACUGUAAACAAGCUACGCAUCAGCUGCGAAGCGAUUGCAGUUAUUAGGAUCAAUGUACGUUUUUGUCCCCUAUCUAGAUAUGAUGUAAGAGAUAAGUCGUUUUCUCUGUACCCCAGUCCCAAUAAGUUCGAGAAAUGUUAUGCUUUUAGUUAAAUUUACGAUAAAAUUUUGAAUAGAUAAGCUCAUUUGGUUGCAUCACAUUUAAACCUAACCUCAUCGAAGCUGCUGAAACAAAGUUGUCAACAUAACAACAAACACAAAUGACCCGGAAAAAGCUCUUCCAAACUAACCGGAAACACCGAUACAAAACACAAACACUCAAAACACAGUUUUUGGUUCGACCCUCUAUAACUUUGUUGACACCUUGGGAGAUGUUUUUGACAGGUGGAGAAAACUAUAAACAAUGGUUGAUUUAGUAAAUUGCCACUCUAAUAAUAUAUCACCACAUAUUUGCUAAUAUAGAAAAAGAAGCAUGGGAACGUGAACAAAAUACACAUGUACAAACAACCAAAUAGAAUAUUUGAAAAAAAGAUACAAACAAACACACACAUGCAAGCAGUGAGAUAGAUAAGGGGGUGAUAUGUUACCCGGAAUGUACAAAGCAGUAGGACAUAGCCUUUCGGAGAUAGCACAAGUAGGCGCAGAUCCCCUUUCUUCAAGUAAUAAACAUUAACAAGCUUGACAGAGUAAUACUACCACUGAUGCAAUACCUCAAAAAUAAAAACCGAACUGCUAGCUGCCAGCAUUGACCAACAGCAAUCAGCAAAUCAAAAUAAACAAAUAAAUGGAAUAGAUCUUCGGCAGCACUGAUCCAUAUGGCGACGCAACCGAUUCGGUCCGGAUUGGCUCUAAACCAACGCAAACAAACACUCUUGUAGUCAAAUCAAUGAUUGUGAUUCUAAACAUGUUUACAAAACACAAAUAUGAACUCAAGUACAACUUGAGACACAGGUGACACCAGUACUACCUCAGCAGAGACUAGCGAAAUUUGUUGACGAUGACUUAAUGCUGUGCCACAGACGCCGAGAGAGCGAUAGAGAACGAGCGAGCGAACGAGCGCGACAAUGUUUACAAACAAAGCCAAUAGGAGAGAGAGACAAACACAAACAAACAAACAAAACAAAAGCCAGAAUACCUCACAAACAUCUCAGUAGCCCGAACCGAUCGGCAAUGCGCGCAAACAAGCACAUGGCCAACUUUGACCUCUUUAUUGACAGCCGCCAAACCGUGCGACAGUGGGGGACAGUGUUGCCAGAAUCAGGGAUUUACACAUCUGAAGCCUAUAUGUGAAACCAACAACGUUGACCAGUCCGGAUUUUCACCCACGACGCCCGCGAUGCUGUGUACGGACUCGGUUAACACUAUUCUGAACUCGUCGUAAACCAUUUACACUUCCAGUGAGCGUCCCUCCAGUGUUAGGAUAAUAGUUUUUCGAUUCAAUUAUGUUCGCAAUUUGCUGAUAUUUAUUAAACGUAAUUGAUUGCAGCAACGUAAAUGAAGUCAACUUCUAACUUGAAACCCGUAAGUAUGUAUUCCUCAUUCAUGAAAAAAACAAGUAAACCACUUUUAAAACGUAAAUUACUAGCGAUGCCCAGUUGGGCCCCGAACAAAACAAGCUUCAAGUACAAACUAAAUAAAAUAUAUCAAGUUAGUUUCUCGUUUUCUGUUUGCCAACUUAGUUCGAUUUGUUUUAGAAAACCCCUGUUCAGAUUCCUGUUUGUAACGCGGAAACAAUUUACUAAACCAAUUGUUUUUGCUUCCUACGGCAAACUAUACCAACUACUAACUCUCUUGUAUUGAAACGAAGGAAAGUACUCACUUGAACUAAGAAAUAUCUAUUAAAGCAAAUAUUUAAGCUCUAAUCAUACAAAUAUAUCUAUUUAGUCGAUGUUGAAUUAGUAGGGCAUAAGUUUUUGAUUUUUGGUCCGGGUUUUCCUAAGUGUCGGUUUUUUCCACUACCCAACUAAACCAAUUUACAAAAAAAAACUAACGAAAACAAGUCUAUGGGUCGCAAAAACAAUAGAGGAUCAACCGUAGCGGUAACCAUAAAUGUCUCAAUUGACAGUUCUCUUCGCUGUGUAAGUAAUGUGCAUUUAUCUCUUCGUAGUGUGUACAUAGGUUCCAACAAAAUCACAUUAAUAACGAAUAAGAACUUUUUCCUACUCAUCUAGAUUAGUGUGAAAUUCCGAUUGAUCCCAAAAGAAAUUUUAUCAAAUGUAAUGCAGAAAAAAACGGCGAGCAAUGUGUAUUGUAGCUACAUGGUUAAAUGGACCCUUUCCAAAAUGCAACACUUAACCGAAUUAUGAAAGGUGUUAAUAGUUUAAGCGAGUGUAGGAUAACUAGAGUAAAUGUGUAUAAACAAAAUGUUUUUCCAAAGUCAGACGGAGAACAGGAGCGAGCGAACCAAGAGAGUAUGAAUCGAGCGAGAUAAGAGUGAGCACGAGUAAAGUUGGAUUUUUCAGUUUUCUCCGUUUCAAGAAGCACGCAAAAAUCGGCAUAAAUCUC